AUGCCGAGCUUUGGACGUCUCAGCAAGCACAGCAACCGAUCACAGCACGCCUUGCCGGAGCAGCUGUCGACGGGAGCAUCGUCUGGAUCUGCUGGGUCUGGGUCUGGCGCGACACAGGCACAACAGGUACCAGGACAAGGACAGGCAGGGUCAGCAUCAGCAGCAGUGUCAGCAUCGGGGCCGGGAGCAUCAACUGGUGCGGCCCAAGCCCAAGCCCAAGCCAAAGCCCAAGCGCAAGCCCAGCAGGGAAGUGGUGCCCUGGGUGGUGCCCUGGGUAGCGUCUUGAGUAGUGCAGCCCAGGCCGAUUCGCCUGCUGAAGCCGCUCCCCAAUCAGCCUUGUCCUCCACUACAGCUCUCAGCUCUAGUGACCAUCUUGAAACUUUUGUGGACGCACGACCGCCUCCUCAGACGCAGCAGCAGUUACAGCAACAGCAGCAACAACUUCAACAUCAACAACAGCAGCAGCAGCAGCAGCAUCUCCCUCCUCCUCCUCCUCCACAUCUUUUCAAUCCUCAACAUCCCAGUGUCAAUCUCCCUCCGCAGCUGCAGACGUCGGGUCCCGCUGGUUCUCCAGCAUUUGAUGGCCAUCAGCCGCCGACUCCAAUAGACUUUGACCCCUCUGUUAGCCGCUCUCAGAGCCAGCGAUACGGAGCUCCCCUCACGCCGCAACAGCAACAGCAGCUCCAGCACCAGCAACUCUACGGCAUUGCAUCUGGUUCUAUCGACGAUCUUCCGAGCACUGGUGGUUAUCUUCAGCAGCCUCCUCCUCCUCCUCAGCAACAGUCGGCGCCAGCUCCCGCUCCCCAGAAACGCUCUACUCGCAAACUCAUCAAGGGAAUAUUCGGGUCGAGUCGUGAGUCGCAUGACGCCCACCAACAGCAGCAACAGCAACAACAGCAACAACAACAUCAACCACCACCGCAGCCGUCUGGCCAUAACCCUUCGGGUCCCUACGAUAACACAACAGGACUUGCUCGCAGGCCGUCCAAGAGGGUGAGCAACCCUCCCAAUUUGAAAACGACGAGCUCGUCACAGACACAGACCACACAGCUCCCACAUUCUGCCGACCGGGACUUGCAACCCCACGGCCAAUACAACCAGCAGCCGUCACCGCUUCACGACGUGGGCGAGGUCGAUGAAUACUCUUUUUACGGGCAUGGAUCUAACGUAGACUCCCCAAUACAGGACUCCCGCAUUCUUUUGACCAACAACGGCAUCCGUCAGGUUUCCACCGAACAUCUCGAGGCGUCCCCCUACGACGAAGUCUAUCAACCACCGGAUCAUCCACCCCCACAUCAGCAGCUCCAGCAUCAGCAUCACAGCCAGCAUCUCAGCCAGCAACAGCAGCAGCAGCAGCAAACCCCGCCACCGUUGCAGCAACCACAACCGCAGCCACUACAACGCCAAGGAACCCUCCGAAUCCAGGAACAGCAGGCUCAAUACGAAUCGCAACAACAGCAACAACAACUUCAGCAACAACACGGCGGUGCCAACUACGACCAGCAAUCUCAGCAGGGUGGCCGACAACAACCCAACUUUCAUUACCCCACCAACUCUGCUCAAGGCCCAUACCAGCCUGCAGGGGAGUCACGCCUUAUCACGAGUCAGCUCAUCACAAGCCAGCAGCUUCAAAACGCUGAAACCAUUUCUCAAUUGUCCCACGAUUCGCCCGUGACUGACCCGGAUCCGAGAUCUACCUUUCAACAGCACCCCGGGCAGCAAUCGCAACAAGGCAGUCAUCACGCCUCUACUCCCUCACAGGAUAUCCCUCCCAACCAGCUGCCUGGUCAAGGUGUGAAUCCUCAAGCUCAAGAUCAAUCCGCAAUGGCCCCGCCACCCCCUGGAGGUGGACCGCAAUCCAGUCGCCGUGUCCAGGAUGCUGAGAAGGUUCUUCGUGAGUCUGGUCCCCCGCCAGGUUACCAUCGUCAAGGUAGCGUCUCUCUGAGUGGUAUGAGUCCUAUACCGCCGCCUCCCGGCCAAGGUGCGCCGUCGAAUGCUGGCUAUCGUGGUGAUCGGGGCUCACUGUAUAUUGAUGCGUCUCCAGGUGUCGACCAGGGCCGAAACAGCCCACAACCGUCGGAUCGAGACCCCGAUAUGGACAAACAAUUCAAGGAUCUCCUCGUCAAAUACAAGAACGUGAAGCGAUUGUACUUCGAUGGCAAGUCUCAGAUUGAACUGCUGAACGGCCAGAUAGAACAGCUGCAGAAUGCAGUUGCCAAUCAGCGAAUGUCUCAGUCACGCACGGCCUGGGAUGACAACGAAUACUCGACCAGGUUCAACCGCCUCAAUGGUGCCAUCAACAACCUUUCAUUCAAUAUUCGAAAAGAUUGGCGUUCCUUGCCUUCAUGGCUUGAGACCUUUGUCAGUGCAGAUGCCCUGAAGACGGGAAAGCAGGAAAUGACUGCUGUUGGCCGAGCUGUGGUGUCCAGAUGGCUUGUGGAGGAGCUCUUCAACAAGUGCUUCCACCCUGCCUUGGAUACGCAACUUAGCUCACAGCUCAAAGAGAUUGAGCUUAGCAUUCGGGGGAAUUCGCACACUAUGCACCACCAGGAGGAAGUAGAUGCGCACACCACCAAAGUUGUCAACUGGAGGAUGGCCACUUUAGACGGAUUGCAAAAACGGCUCAAUUCGAACACGGCCGCCGAAAACCGGGUGAUGCUGACCAACAAGAUCACCACGAAUCUGACGGCGUACCUCUACCAAUACCUCAAUUCGCCCCCACCCCCUGGCGUAGAGGGCAGUACAUCCAUGAUUGCCGAACUCGGUGUGGCCAUUGCGGCUAAUCUGCCUUUGGAGAGUCGAGAUGUGUCCAUCAUGUACCCAUUACCAGGAGACCUGGUACAACCCAGCAUGAUGGAGGUUGAGAAGGCUGGUCUGCCACAGUUGGAGGCCCAGAGGGGGGAUGCUGAUGCCGACUCAGAUUCGGAUGAAGACGAUGUGGAUGUGAAGGACACAGGUAGCAAGUCUCGAGGAGACAAGUCAAAGCCAGGACUGCCCAAGGAUCCCAACAGAGUGAGAUUUGCCGGAUUUGUUGCUCUGGAAGUCAGAGGACGCCAAGUGCUGAUGAAAGCACCGGUAUGGACGCUCUGA